UUCAUGCUUUGUUUUAAAAAAUAUUUAAUAUUGAAAAUACUGCAUAUUUAUGAUUGGUAUAACUACUUUCAUCAAAUUCUAAAUUAAUGCAAAAUACAUAAAGUUUAGUAUUGCACAAAUAUAAAACGCAUGUUUGCAAUUUUUAAAAAUUUACUUCGUUGCCAUUAAAAGGAGGUAAAUUUUAACGAAAAUGAGUUUAAUGGAUGAAAGUUUUCCAUACGAUGAAAUUUUGGAAGCUCAAGCCAAAGAAGUUAACUAUCAAUUCAAUUUUCAUAAUGAUGGAAUAAACAAGAAUGAGCUCACAAAAAAGAAAAAUACUGACCCAAAAAAAGAAAAAAAAUUAAAGAGAUUUCAGUCUGUUAAUGAUCUACAUGCUAGAUAUUGUUCAACAAAAUACAAACAUGUCAAUAGCAAAGUUCGUCAGUAUAUUAAAGAAAUGGAGGCGGGAAAUAAAAGACAAAAAAGAAAUAAAAAACUUUCUAGAUUUAAUUCAUUUCCUGUCAGCACAAAUGGACAAUUACAUGAUAAUUUCUUAUAUAAAUCUUCAGAUGAUUAUGAUAAAGAAAAUAAUUUGUCAUCGACAAGUACAGAUGGUUUGGAUUUUACAAGUUUAGAGAAUUUUUAUCAGAAUUAUAAAUUUAAUUUUCCAAUUUUAAAUCGUAAUGAAUCUGAUAAUUCCCAAGAUCAUAAUGAAUCUGAUAAUGUUAUGGUAAAUGCUGAAUAUUUGAAAAAACUCAAUUCAGAAAUUAAGGAUCUACGUUCCAUGAAUGAAUAUUUACAAACGAAUUUGGAUAAUAAAGUGGCGCAAGUGACUAAAUUAAAAAGGGCCAAUGAUGCAAUGCAAAUUGACAUUGUAAAUUUGCAGGAUGAAAUACGUAAUCAUCAGCGACAUACUCUACCAGAAUCAUAUAUAUUAUGGGGACAAGGUAAAUCUACUCAAUCUACUCAGACAGAUGAUAAGAUUACAAAUAAAAUAUUGAAACAACUUAAUGCGUUUGAUGAACGUCAUAUGAGUGAAGCAUUUUUAUUUAAUCUUAUAUCCUCAAAUGAUUCAAUAAUGGAAAAUUGUAAUGUUUUAAGAACUCCAGAUUUAAACAGAAUUAAAAAAUCUGCUAAAAUUGAUGAAUACAGUGAAAAUAGUGAUUUUGGAAAUAGCCCACUUAAAGAACAAAAUAUUGAUACUAACAAUAAUAAUCAGUUGGAUGUUAACUACGACCAAAAAAAAUCCCCGUCAAAUUUGAGAUUACGUUCAAAUUCGAAUGAUGCCAAAAGACGUGUAAACUCGGAAAUAUCUAUUCAAAUAUCUCAACCAUCACAUAUUUUAUCGAAUAAUGGAAGUGACUCAGCUAUUGAAUCUGAAGAAGAAAUCAAUGAUUCUACAGCUACAAUAAAUAGUAUGCACCCCUUUAUUUCAAGUUCCAAAAUUUCACCAAAUAAAAAAGAUGGGGUUUCAACUAACGAUACUAAUAAAAAUAAAUCAAACAAAAAUCGGAAAUCAAAAAAACAAAAAAAGGUAAAAAUUUUUAAAAAAUCUUUCUGGAAAAGAUUUUUAGGACCUUGCGCUGAUUGUGGCGAUGAAAAAUCUGAUACUUUAAAUAAUGGUAAUAUUUUGUAUACGAAAGUGAAUUUGUCUGAAUCAACUUUAACUGAGGAAAAUCACCCAAACUAAUUUAUAGUAUAAAAUACUUACUUGCGUAUAUACUUAUAUAUUUUUAUAUUCCAUUUUAAAAACAACUUUUAAUAUUGCUUUUUGUAUUUAUUAAAUUUCAAAUUUAAGAAUAAGUUUCCACAUUAAAAUUGUAAUGUUCAACUUUCUCAAAUAUAUUGCAAGUAAA